GUUUGACCCACAUCUGAGUGAAUGGGUCUCGUGCACCGCGGUCAGAACAGCUCGCGCGGCGUUGCCCCGGUGCCUGUACUGCUGUCCAGUCCAGAGCCAGUUGGCGGUGUUUUGCUUUCCCGCCAUGCCACACCGAACACUCCACCUGUUCCGUAAGGGUCUUCGUCUCCAUGACAACCCGACGCUGUUGGGGGCGCUGGAGUCGUCCUCCGUGGUGUUCCUGGUGUACGUGCUGGACCGGGCGUUUGAGGAGGAAGCGAUGCGGGUGGGCUUCCUGCAGUGGCGAUUCCUCCUGCAGAGCCUGCUGGACCUGCGAGGCCGCCUCAGCGCGGUGGGCUCGCGGCUGUAUGUGUUGCAGGGGUCCCACAGGGCCGUGCUGAGAGAGCUGGUGGUCCGCUGGAGGAUCACUCAGAUUAGCUUCGACUUGGAGACGGAGCCGCACCACGUGGCCCUGCAGCGGGAGCUCGGAGAGAUGGCCCAGGAGCUCGGACUGACCGUCCACACCUGCGUCGCACACACGCUGUACGACCCCAGGAGGAUUAUAGAUGCUAACGGUGGAGAAGCUCCUUUAACCUAUAAAAAAUUUCUGCGAGUUGUGUCAGUCAUCGGAGAGCCGGACAAACCGGUCAGGGACAUCACCGCUGAAGACUUUCAGCGGUGUUACAGUCCAGAGGAGGUGGAGUGUGAGCAGCACUGCAUCCCGUCUCUGUCUGAACUGGGUCUGGAUGGUUCUGACGAAGCUCAGGCUGAAGUUCUCUGGCCUGGAGGAGAAACUCACGCUCUGCAGAGGCUUCACAAACACCUGGAGAGUCAGGGCUGGGUGCAGAACUCGAAGCCUCAGGCGGUUCCAAACUCUCUGUGGCCGAACACAACAGGACUGAGUCCAUAUUUCAGCUUCGGCUGUCUGUCCGUCCGCACCUUCUACCACACACUCAGCAGAGUGUACGCACGGGCGAGGAACCACGCUCUGCCCCCGGUGGCUCUGCAGGGGCAGGUUCUGUGGAGGGAGUUCUUCUACACCGCUGCCGCACACACGCCCAACUUCACUAGGAUGGAGGGGAACCCCAUCUGUUUACAGAUCCGCUGGAACCACGACCCCGACGCUCUGCAGAAAUGGAGAACAGCUCAGACGGGUUUCCCCUGGAUUGAUGCCAUCAUGACCCAAUUGAGGCAGGAGGGCUGGAUCCACCACCUGUCCCGACACGCUGUGGCCUGUUUCCUCACCCGCGGAGACCUGUGGAUCAGCUGGGAGGAGGGCAUGAAGGUGUUUGAGGAGUACCUGCUGGACGCUGAUUACAGUGUAAAUGCGGGGAACUGGUUGUGGCUCUCCGCCAGCGCCUUCUUCCACCAGUACAACCGCAUAUUCUGCCCCGUUCGCUUCGGCCGCCGCACUGACCCUGAGGGACGCUACAUACGGAAGUACGUGCCUGUGCUGAAGAAUUUCCCCUCCAGGUUUAUCUAUGAGCCGUGGAGCGCUCCAGAGGAAGUGCAGCUGCAGGCCGGCUGCAUCAUCGGUGAGGAUUAUCCGUUUCCGAUGGUUUGCCAUGCAGAGGCGAGUGAGAGGAACUUGGCUCUGAUGAAGGAAGCCCGGAGCUGCCAGGAGAACACGGCCAAACUCACACGAGAUGUGGCGGAGGAGCCGGUGGACGUGCGCGUGAAGCGUGAGCUGGGUGAGGAGGACCAGCCCUCCAAACGCUUCAGCUCCGACCCUCAGAGCCGUCCCUGCAGCUGGGGGCAGGAAAACCCACGCCUGCCGGAGAUCACAGGACAGGCCAUGUAAAUACUGACCCUGACGCUGCAGCACCAAAGAGACCAGCGCCACCGACCCGAGACCAGCUGAACAGGACCUCCACAUGGACCACCACAGCCGCCGGAGCGGCAGAGAAACGGAUCCCAACAUACGAACUUCACUUCCGAGUCGUGAUGCUGUGCUGAACAGGUGAUCUGAGGAAUCGUGUUCAGGUGUGGAAACAAGCACUGCCCACUGGACAUCAUGCAGACAGCACACCCCAGUUUACUGUAACACACACUGACCAGCCACUUCAUCAUGACCACCUCCUUGUUUCUGUGGUCACUGUCCACUUUAUCAGCUCCA